AACAACUGAGUCGGUCUCUGCGAGUUAAGAAACCACGCCGCGGUAGAGAGAAACAGAGACGACGACGACGAAGAAGAUGAGAGAGACGGUGAAGUUGAUAAGCAUGGAAGGAUUCGAGUUCGUGAUCGACAGAGAAGCCGCCAUGGUUUCUCAGACUAUCCGAAGCAUGCUCACUUCUCCAGGUGGUUUCUCGGAAUCGAAAGAUGGCGUAGUGACUUUCCCUGAUAUCAGCACCACAAUACUAGAGAAGAUCUGCCAGUACUUCUACUGGUCUCUUCAGUACUCCAGAGGCAAGGAGACUGAGUUCCACAUCGAGCCUGAACUGACUUUAGAGCUGAUGAUGGCUGCUAACUAUCUUCACACUUGAAGAAUUAAAAGGAUAACGCUGUUGAAUCUUAUUCGACUAGUAUAGGUGUAACUCCUUGGAGCACUUGUGUGACAAAAAUCUGCAUUGGGUUCAUGAAGAACUAUUGAAUAGCUCCGAGAGAAAGUCAUGUACUUCUUUACUAGUUGUUAGUUUUAACUGCAACAUCAAAGUUCUUGUGGCGUUACUAGUUAUUUAUAUUUAAACAGCUUAGUAAAGCUUUGUAAUAAGUAACAAACAUUCUGUCCUAAU